CCAGAACCUCAGUCCCUUCCUGCUUCACCUUUGCAACAGGAGAAAUAGAUUGUGUUUGUAUAGCUGACUGAGCUUCAUCUUCACCAUCAUGGUUGAGCAGUUUGUUGGAAACUGGACUCUGAUUGCCAGCGAGAACUUUGAUGAAUACAUGAAGGCAAUCGGUGUGGGCCUCGCCACUCGGCAAAUGGGCAACAUGGCAAAGCCUAACCUGGUGAUCAGCGUGGAUGAUGCAGGGGCUAUUUCAAUGAAGUCUGAAAGCACUUUCAAGACCACAGAGAUCAAAUUCAAGCUGAACGAAGAAUUCGAGGAGACUACUGCAGACGGCCGAAAGACCAAGACCAUCGUCACUCUUGAGAAUGGGAAACUCGUACAACAACAGACGUGGGAUGGAAAGAAAACGACACUGGAACGAGAGGUUCAAGAUGGCAACCUAAAAGCUAAAUGUAUCAUGGAUGAAGUUGUUGCAAUGAGGACCUAUGCGAAACGGGCUUAAUUCCAUCGAAAGUUGAGCCUGGACCCUCUGUUCAUUUCAUGAUUGCACAGAGCUACUGCAAACAUGCCAAUAAAGUCUGAACUGUGAUACUUAA